AUGAAAGACAUGAAAAUGAAAGAAUAGAUGGUGAAAGAAAGCCAAAAGAAGAGUAGAGUAGAUAAGAGAAGAAAAGCAGAGGAGAUAAGAAGUACAGGGGUGUGGGAGCCAAGAAUCACAGAACAGAGAUGAUGCAGGGGGCAUUGGAGCGGAUGGACAUGUGAACAGAAGAGAACAGAGAAGCAGAAUAAGUGAAAUAGAAAAGAAGCAAAGGGGGAAACACAAGACAGGUGAAGAGAAGACAGGAAAAUAAGGAAAUAAAGGGCAAGAGAGUUGAAGAAAAGAGAAAAAAGAGAAGAUAAGAAUAAAUAAAAAAGAUACAACAGAAAGACAAUAUAUAACAGCGCUGCAGCAUUUAUAGCACAGAGAUGGUGCAGGGGGCAUCCGAGUUGAUGGGCAUGUGCCUGGGCAUCGUGGGUCUCCUGGGGGCAGCCGUCACCACCGGACUGCCCAUGUGGAAGGUCACAGCCUUCAUCGGAGAGAACAUCAUUGUCAUGGAAACGCGCUGGGAGGGCCUGUGGAUGAACUGCUACCGGCAGUCCAACAUCCGCAUGCAGUGCAAAGUCUACGACUCCUUGCUCUUCCUGCCCCCGGAGCUGCAGGCCGCCCGAGGCCUCAUGUGCUGCUCGCUCGCGCUGUCUGGCAUCGGCCUGUUGGUGGCGCUGGUGGGUUUGCGUAGCCUGCACUGCCUGUCGGGGCAGCUGAGGCUGAAGCGCAUCCUGCUGAUGGUGGCGGGGGGCAUGCAGGUGCUGGCCUCCGCCUGCGUCUUCAUCCCCGUCUCCUGGACCGGCCACGCCAUCAUCCGCGACUUCUACAACCCGCUGCUGAUCGACGCGCAGCGCCGGGAGCUGGGCGAGGCGCUCUACAUCGGCUGGGUGUCAGGUGCCGUCUUGUUUGCCGCCGGCCUGGUGUUCCUGUGCUGCUGGCGGAUCGUGAAAGAGGAAGGCUCGUUCGACGUCUACCAGCCGGGGUACUACUACGCCCCCGGUGCCAAGCCCACCCUCACCCGCUUCCACCCGCUGGCCAGCUCCAUGAGCUCCGCCAUGCAGCAGCAGCCCAUGCUGAUGCACCAGACCAGCUUCCUGGCACCACCGUCAUCGGUACACAGUAUGCCCCCCAUGGCUCCACAAGGCCCAUAUCCCUUCAACCCUCAACAAACCAUCCAGUACGGGCAACAACAGUUCGUCCCUGCUGCUGCUGCUGCACCUAUGGUGUACCCAGCAGCCAAUGCCAUGCCAUUGUACCCACCACCAGCAGCAUCCUUCACAAAGGGAGGUCCUCAACACCAGUUGACCCCAAGGGAGUCUCUCUACUACAGCCAAAGCCAGCACUCCACGCCGUACACCGCCACGUCCCAGACGCCAUACGCUUCGUACCAGUCCAACUCCAGCUUCCACCCGGUGCAGCAGAAGCCGGUGUUCAUCGGGUACGACUACUCCAGGGUGGCGCCCUCACACUCCAGCUCCAGCUCAGGCAUGCGGAUAUGAGGACCUGCUACAGACUAUCAAUUAUACUGUACACACACGCGCGCACACGCGCGCGUACACACACACACACACACACACACACACACACACACACACACACACACACACACACACACACACACACACACACACACACACACACACACACACACACACACACACACACACACACACGCGCACACACACACACACACACUAUUCAGUUGACUAUCUGUACAAAUACUGGGGAACGUGUUACACAGAUUCAGUUAUAGGCGUUUGAUUAAUCGUGACCCUGACUGACUGUGAAUCUACUGCUAAAAUGGAUGAAGAACUGGAUUGGGCUAAGUACCAGCUCUGACAGUAAUUGUGAACUUUUGCACUGGAGGAACGGGGGAAUGCAGAACUUUUGGGAGAAUGUUUUUUUCUCCUUGAAAACAAGCAGAUCUGACUAGGUGCACUAACUUGGAUAGGCCUACUACACUGUCCAUGUGAAAUAGAAUGGUAUAGAGAAAAUGCAUGAAUGCAAAUCUAUCAGCAGUGCACCAUGCAUUAUAUCACCAGUAAGUAUAGCAUUUUAAUACUUACGUAUAUCCAAUAUACUGUAAUAUUUAUCACAGAACAUAAAUUGCACUGUACACACUUUUUCUCUACUUGUGAUUACACUUCUUAUUUACAAAAUUGAAUUAUGUUAAGUCAAAUCAUUGACACAAAAAGGAUGCAUAGCCUACAACAUUUUUCUUGGGCUAUAACUCCAGCUGCCAGGACUAACAUGCAGUUCUCUUCUUUUGAAAUGUAUAAACAGCUAUUUUUGUACACCAAAACCAUGAUAGGCCUAGGGACAUCACCAAACCAGAAAUGGUGUUUCUGUCAACAUUAGAGUUGCCCUCCAUCAGAUAAGCAUGUUGUUGUCAACACCAAGGGAUGCAGGCUACUGGACUACUGUGAAGUAGAACAAUGACUAAUGACUUGGCACAAUAAUUUAUUAGAAAAACUCAAAUGGU